CCUCCUUCCUCUUUUGUUUAUGAUCUCUGAGUCCACACUGCCAGCUUAUUUAUUCUUCGGAACAGCAUCACUUUGGAUAGAGAGACAGAGAGAGACUGAGCGGCGGGUGGCGGCGAAUGGAGGAGGGAGAAGCUGAAGGCGCACUAAAGCUGGAGUUCACUCCGACAUGGAUCGUCGCUGUGGUUUGCUCCAUCAUCGUCUCCAUCUCCCUCGUUGUCGAGCGCCUUCUCCAUUAUCUCGGCAAGUUUCUGAAGAGGAAGAACCAGAAAUCACUGUUCGAGGCGCUUCAGAAAGUGAAAGAAGAGCUGAUGCUAAUGGGCUUCAUAUCGCUGCUAUUGACGGUUUUCCAGGGUACGAUUGUGAGGAUCUGCAUCUCCAAGAAGUGGACGGAAUACUUGCUUCCCUGUGAAGAAGCUUCUACUGCUGGGAAGCGUCGUCUCCUCUCUUCCCAAGAGUCUCACUGCAACGUCGAGCAUGAAGUUCCACUGCUAUCUGUUGAGGCAUUGCACCAACUGCAUAUCUUCAUUUUUGUUCUGGCAGUCACACAUGUGGUUUUUUCUGUCCUUACUAUGGUCUUAGCUGGACUUAAGAUUCGUGAAUGGAAGCAUUGGGAGGAUUCAAUUGACAAGAACAAUUCAGGAAGUGUUCCAGGAGGAUAUGCUCUUGUGCAUCAGUUUGAAUUUAUCAGGGAUCAUUUUAUGGGUAUUGGCAAGGAUUCUGAGAUUUUGGGCUGGCUGCAUUCUUUUGGCAAGCAAUUUUAUGGAUCUGUGACAAAGUCUGACUACACUACAAUGAGGCUUGGUUUUAUCAUGACUCACUGUGCGAGCAAUCCAAAAUUCAAUUUUCACAAAUAUAUGUUUCGGGCUCUAGAAACUGAUUUCAAGAAAGUUGUUGGUAUAAGUUGGUACCUUUGGAUAUUUGUGGUGGUCUUCCUAUUACUGAAUGUUAGUGGUUGGCAUACCUAUUUUUGGAUAGCAUUCAUUCCCUUAAUUCUGCUCCUUGCGGUGGGAACAAAACUGGAGCAUGUAAUAAGCCAACUAGCUCACGAAGUGGCUGAAAAACACUCGGCUAUUGAGGGAGAUUUAGUAGUGAAGCCUUCAGAUGACCACUUUUGGUUCCGCCGUCCUAAGAUUGUUCUCUACUUGAUUCAUUUUAUACUAUUUCAGAACGCUUUUGAGAUCUCAUUUUUCUUCUGGAUUUUGACGACAUACGGUUUCGAUUCUUGCAUCAUGGGAAAAAUACGGUUUAUAGUCCCACGACUCGUGAUAGGGUUGAUGAUUCAAAUUCUAUGCAGCUAUAGUACCCUACCACUUUAUGCUAUUGUCACCCAGAUGGGGAGCUCAUUCAGGAAGGCUAUAUUUGAGGAGCAUGUGCAGCAAAGUUUGAUUGGUUGGGCUCACAAGGUCAAGAAGCGCAAUGCCCAUCGAGUCAGUGAAGCCUCGACGUCAACCCGAUCCGGCAGUUUAGGAUCGAAAGAUCAAUCUUCAAGAGGUGAUCAUUUGCGAAAACUUGAUCAUGAUGAUUUACUUCUUGAUGAUCAUCUGGUCGAACUUCAAACAAAAUCUUCAAUUCCACUGAACACAGGCCCAAAAUCAGUGUAGUAUUUUUUUUUUUUUUAGGUAGAUAUAGUUGCAAAGUUAAUUGAUAGCUAUAUGAAUCUUGCGAGGUUCUUGUAGUAGGUUUGGGCAGCUUAAGUGGAUAAGAAGAUGAAAUGUUGUACUAGAUGCUGUUGUUUGUUGCAGGUUUAGUCUUGAAAGCCUUACAUGUAGUAGAUUUUGCAAGCUAUGAAUGCACUGAAACUUGUGGACAUAUUGACCUACUUAGCAUUAGGGGUGGUAAUGUUAGGGCAUUUACAUGCCAUUAUUAUCACCCAGUUCUUAUAAAUGUACAUAUUUAUUACUUUAGUUUUUUUAUGUUUAUACCACCCA